GAGGGAUUUUCGUGAUUAAUAUUUUACUUUUACUUUAUUAAGUAGAUUGUCUAGUUAUCGGUGUUAAUGGCUCGGAGACUUUCAAAAGUUGCGUUACUCGUUGGACCUAAGCACACGACCUUGGUUAAUACCGUUAGGCUUGUAGACAGGUUACUUAUCCAGUCUUUUGGAUUCAUUCAUUUUGUGCUCUAAUCAUAAAACUUCUGGGAAAGAAAUCGCGCGAAAGUUAUGAGUGUUGUUACACCUAGUGAUUUAAUCAGAGAAUCUGCCCAUGUUAAGUCAGCAGAAGAACACAAAUUAUUGUCUGACAAAGCAUUAUGCAAUCCUAAGGAAUUUUGGUUGGGAUAUGCAAUGAAGUUUCACUGGCAUUCACCUCCUUCAUUCGGAAAAUGUCUUAGUUACAAUUUCGAUUGCCGUAAAGGACCUAUUUUUGUUAAAUGGUUUGAGGAUGGAUGCACAAAUAUUUGCUACAAUAUCUUGGAUCGCAAUGUUGACCGUGGUUUUGACGAUAAAGUGGCAAUUUUAUGGGAAGGCAACGAUCCAAAUGAUACAAAUCGUUUGACGUACUCUGAAAUGUUGACCAAGGUCAAAAGAAUUGGUAAAAUGCUCGCGAAUCUCGGUAUUAGAAAGGGAGAUUGUGUUGCCAUUUAUAUGCCUAUGAUCCCAGAGCUCCUGAUGACUAUGUUAGCAUGUGCUCGUAUUGGUGCUGUACAUACUGUUGUAUUUGGUGGGUUUUCCGCCUGUGCUCUUGCCGAUCGAAUUAUCGAUGCCAAGUAAUAUAGUAUUUCCAACAGCUUUUUUUAAAUAUUGUACUUCUAGUAUUAUGUAUUAGUCAAAAUAGCUUCAUUAUUUCUGAAACUUAUAUAAAACUGAUACCAACUCCACUGGGGCUAGAUUUAGGAGUUUUGAUGAAUCUGGCUUGUUGUCCAGUGUAACACUUAGUCCAAAGGUUGGAGGCUCUAACAUGGACUUUACUAUAAAGUGUCAAGUGUUCAAGGAUAGCUUUUCGCAAACUGAAGUCAUAAGUUAUUUUAUUUGUUUUUAUUUUAACACAUAGAUAUUGGUACAAGGAGGCACCAUAUACAUAUGCGCCACACAGAUCUCAUUUGAUAUGUGUGAGGGCUGUGAUACUGACCGGGUAGACUCUCCAUGUCCACCAACAAGGUUAAAGCGCUGGACAUUCGCUUUUCGUCCUCUCAAUUUCCUAAACAACACACGUGAUGCGAGAAGGCAGUGAGUAGGACUUCCCUGGCAGAGGCUAUAUACGCGUGGCCAUGUGAGAGUAUUUCGAGAGGGAGAGCGAACUCUCCUCACUCUCGGCCGUACCAGGGGAUUUGGGGGCGAAGUCAUAAACACCCGUUGGACAUAUAGAAAAUAGGUUUAGAAAGGUGGUGUUAACUAAACCGGAAACAUUUAGAUACUAGUAAUUCAGUUGUCAAUGGAGAUUUGCUGGGACUGGCACUUCCAUGCUGCCCACACCAAGGAACAAUAUUACUCACUUGUAUCAUUACAUGAAGUAAGCUAGACCAUUGGAUUCGUAUAGGAGCUACUUUUGAAAAGGAAGAUAAUAAAUGUAUUCCUUUUUGAAUUUCUGUGGGUUCUUAUGACAAAUAUGUUUAAAAGCCACUAAGCCUACAUAUCCGUUUUAUAAGUGAUUUUUCUUCAACUGUCUUGUGUCAUCACUAGACAGUUCUAAUAAUGGGGUUUCUGGUACGAUAUUCGUAAUAUAUUUGAUCCCUUCGAAAUUUUAGGGCUUUUUGUCUAAUUAUUGUACAUGGACAAAAUAUUGUUUUUCAGACAGGUUGAAGUUUUUUGAUAAAGUUUAAAAAUAUUUUGACUUCCACCAAGUAAAACCACAGCACUUCGGUCAUCUAGAUAAUGUAUCUUGGUGUACUGCAUCCUUUAUCAAGCAGUUAUUAGUGUCUUUUGUUAUCCAGUACAUAUGAUAUUUAAUUCAGGGUCAAUCACUGACUGAAUAAAUUACAUACACAUGUAGACGCAACUAUAUAAGGGGUGCUAAAAAAGGAUCUCCAAAAGAUUUUCCGAGCACAAUCCUAGAUGACUGUUCUUGAAAAAGGUAAAAUACUCAGUGGAGUUAUUAACAAGGUGAUGAAGCAUAAAGUCGUGACUCGGUGUCCGAAAGCUGAUGAUGAUAUUCACUCUCCCUAUACACAAGCGCAGCUACGCAAGAGAAGAAACGAAGAGUAGGGAAGGAAGUUUAUUUUGGUAGGUCGAAUCGAUUGAAUAUAGACUUAUAUAUGGGUCUCAUCCCUUGAAAAUGAAAACAAUUCCUUGGUCAAUCAUGUGCACCUACCGUUCGGCGAUUUCUGAUUGGCCAAAAAUUUUGGAAAUAGAUAUCUCCAAAGGUUUAAAAAUAAUUAGCAAGCAACACAAAAUGUACUUUAUCUUAAGAAAAUCAUCUCCAUCAUGUAUUUCCAACACAUCAUGCAUACAGAAAGAAAGAAGGUUGAAGUUGUCGUUUAUCUAAUUAAAAUGUGCUGUCUGGAAACAAUCUCACUCAUUACAUAAUUCUUUUUUUCUCACAAAUCCACCUACAGUCAGCUACAACAUGGGACCAGGCACAUAUAUACAUCGGUCAAAGUUGCUACACCUCAUUAACACAACAAGAUGAACACCAAAUUCAUAGAAGCAGUUACUUCAUUGGUUGUAAUAUAUAAAAGAAAGAUUGCAUAUAAGGAUAUAAUACAGUAAGAAAAAAUUAGUUCGUAGAAAGGUAUAAGGCAGUUUUAAUCUCACGGCUUAAAGGAAGAUAAAGAGUGUAUACACCUACGCCAUUGUGAUCGAUUCUAAGCCACAUCACCCAGUCUCCAACGGUUAGUUAUGAUAGUCACGCGGACUUCGACCAAGUAAUCUUCAUCUAUCAACAUGGCUUAGACCGGAAGUUAGUGACUUCAAGGACUGAUGCCACGUUUUGGUUUGGCCGCCCCUAAUCUUAAUCGUUCAAUUUCUUGUGUUUAUUUAUUUAUUACCGGUUACUUCACUUUAUUUGAUAUGUCUAGAUUAUAUACAAAAUAAAUAUGGAUCAUUUUCAAUUAUGAUAUAUAACGUUUCUUUUUACAUCUUCUCUUCCUUUAUUUUCUCUGAUAUGCCGAGCAAUGGGUUAGUCGACUAGAGUGUGAAUGAUAUACAAACUUAAAUUUUCGUUCAACGUUACUUCCAUUUUAAUUUAAUAUGAUGAUUACUCUGUAAUAUUUGUCUUAUUUUCAGGGUAAUAUUUUGUUCAAUACAACGUUGAGUAUAUUUCAGUGUUAUGUUUCUUCGGGGCAGUAUCCUUUGUAUCAAUUAAAUGUGAACUUUGUUCAGUAUGACAUGUAGCUUGAGUUUUUGUAGUAAUUCUGUGUAUUUCUCCUAUACGUAAUAGUUGUUAACUAAUCAUGAAAUGUGAGUAAAAUUGACAUGUAGAUGAGUGUAUUCAUGUAUCAUUUUGAUUUAUUUUGGAGGCUCAGUAAAUCCUUAUCAUCAGUCUAUGUGUCCUCAAUAGGGGAAUUACAGUGUUCUUUCUCUUCUCCUUCCUAUCCUCUUACCUCUUCCUCUCUCUUCUGUAUCUUCUGACUUUCUGUCCCAUCUCAAUUUUGUUAAUUAAAUUAUUUCAACGAUUUAUUGUUUAUAAUCGUUAUUAUUCGUUGCUUAAUUAUGUUCUGUCUUUUCAGCUGAUUAUUCAUCACUAAGAUUGGAGGGUUAUGAAGAUUCUCUAGUUAAAAUCAUGAACUGAUCUUAGUUAAACAGCCGCUGAAAACUAACAAACACUGGGCUGCCGUUCCGUAUAGAAUGACUCAGGGGUCUAUAAGCUAAGCGUUCGCGCGCGUGAUUGGAGUCCUGGGUUCGACCUCUGGUGAUGAGUUUUGGAUACAUACUGAUGAGAAGUACCAUAGCAGUAGAAGAUAGUUGUCCAGGGCUUCGUAGUUUUCAAUAGUUGUUUAACUACAAUUAGUACGUGAUAUUAGCCAUUAUGAGAAAUCGUCAAAAUAGAGUGAUUCAAAUGUAUUUAUUCAACAUUUUUCUGUUAAAAAAUUACAUAUUUCUUUUUUCCCUAAAUUCUGUAAUUUGUUUCGUUUAUGCGCAUUGAUUUAAUAUUUGAACUGUGCAAAUUUCGCUUAGUAGAAUUGUUACCUCAGUAUAUUUAUUAUAUCGAAGUAAUAAAAAAUCUCUUACCUAUUUUUAUUUCUUUUAAUCAGAUGUAGCAUUCUUAUCACUGCUGAUGGAACAUGGAGAGGGUCGAAACUUAUUCAACUUAAAUCAAUUGCGUCUACUGCAAUGGAUAUGUGUGAAGAUAAAGGAUAUUUUAUCCAACGAUGUGUUGUAUUUCAACAUGUUACUGCUUUUCCCUCUAAAUCCACUAAUGGAAUCAGUAAUAAUGUUGAAAGUAAAGAUGGCGUUCGACCCGCUUCAAUGCUUGAUGUUCCAUUGAAGGAUGGUCGUGAUUAUUGGUGGCAUGAUAUAAUCAGUACUAUUCCUGAAAAUACUGAUUGUCCUGUAGAAUGGGUGAAUUCAGAAGAUCCGUUAUUUAUACUUUAUACAAGUGGCAGCACAGGCCGACCGAAAGGUGUUGUACACACCACAGGUGGCUACAUGGUUUAUACAGCUACAACAUUCUUCUACACGUUCGAUUAUCAUGAAGAUGAUAUAUAUUGGUGUACUGCUGAUGCCGGUUGGAUAACAGGUCAUUCAUACGUUGUAUAUGGACCAUUAUUAAACGGUGCUACAAGUGUAAUAUUUGAAGGUAUUCCAACUUGGCCUGAUCCGGGUCGAUAUUGGUCUAUCGUAGAUCGAUAUAAAGUGACAAAAUUCUAUACAGCUCCAACAGCAAUUCGUACGUUAAUAAAAGCUGGUGAUCAAUACGUCCAAUGUUAUGAUCGUACAUCAUUAAAAGUUCUUGGAAGUGUUGGUGAGCCAAUCAAUGUAUCUGCUUGGGAAUGGUAUUAUAAUGUUGUGGGUAAUGGUAGAUGUUCAAUUGUAGAUACAUUUUGGCAAACAGAAACUGGUGGACAUAUGCUUACUUCAUUACCUGGAGCAAAUAUAAUGAAACCUGGUUGUGCUACUAAACCAUUCUUUGGCAUUGAUGCUCGAAUAUUAUCUGAGAGUGGUGAAGAUUUAACAGAAAAUUCAAAAACACUAGGUAUCAAUGUAGAAGGUUAUUUGGUCUUUGCUAAACCAUGGCCUGGUAUGAUGAGAACAAUCAAUAAUAAUUAUGAAUUAUUUGAAUCAGUUUAUUUUAAACGUUUUCCUGGUUAUUAUGUUGCUGGUGACGGUUCUGUGUUAGAUAAAGAUGGAGAUUUUUGGAUAACAGGUCGUUUAGAUGAUAUGCUGAAUGUUAGCGGUCAUCUUAUUAGUACAGCAGAAGUAGAAAAUGCUCUUCUAUUAGAUCCAAAUGUUAGUGAAGCUGCUGUUGUCGGUCGAAAACAUCCAGUUAAGGGUGAAUGUUUAUAUUGUUUUGUUACAUUGAAAGAUUCUAUACUAAAUGAUCAUAUGAAUGGUUUCAUGAAUGGUGAUAUAAUUACACAGGAAAUGAAAUCAGAAUUAUGUCAAAUGAUUCGAACAAAAAUUGGACCAUUUGCUACUCCAGAUUACAUACAGAGUGCACCUAUAUUGCCAAAAACACGUAGUGGUAAAAUUAUCCGACGUAUAUUACGUAAAAUAGCUAAUGAAGAUUAUGAUUUUGGUGAUACAUCAACUUUAUUGGAUUAUUCUUGUUUAGAGACUUUAAUUAAAUUAUCAAAAUUUGUCAUAAAUACAUAAUUGAAUGUGUUUCCCUCAGUUUUGUUGUUGAUCUUCUUUUUAUCUCUUUUAUUUUCUUCAAAACUGUGUGACAAUCACACAGAUGAAAAUUAGUAAUGAUACAUUCAAUAUGCCUUUAUAUUAUUAUUAUUAUUAUUAUUAUUAUUAUUAUUAUUAUCAUUUACAUUGAAGUGUUUAUUCGCUCAUUGUUAUUAUUUUUCUAGUUAAAUAACAAUUUUUGUAAUUCAUUCUUUCUUUUGUCAUAUCAUGAAUUGAAUGUUUUGUCUUCAAUGUGUUUAUUAACUUAUCUGUUUAUCUUUUAUUAUGGUUCACUGUUGUCAGUUGUAUUAUUAUUGUUAACAUUGGUGUUCUUGUUGCUACAGUUACACAGGACUUAUGUGAACUGUGCAACUUUUCAUAGAUAUUAGUCUAUUUAUGUGAAUCUCAUCACUUCUAUUGUUACUAUUUAUUGUGUACUUACUUUUCUGUUGAAAUGUCUCCGUUUCCAUAUAUAUAUAAUUACAUGCUAAUAUUACUACUACUAGUACUACUACGAUUAUUAUUAUUAUCUUUAUCAUUGCAAUCCUUUCCUCCCCCCUCCCCCCCUCUUGAUCAAGUAGUAAGGUUGUGGGCUUUUAUUACUUAUUGUCCUUUUUCUAGGAAUUCAUUUUUCCGAACUUGACUAGCCGUUUAUUACUUAGUUCUAUAUUGUUACCAGCUUUUUUUUUACUUCACCUACUACCAUCCAUGACAACUUUGUUUAUUUUUCUUAUGUGACACCUGUUUUUUUCUCCACCUCGAAAUGAUCAAUUCAAAUAUUCGUCAAGUAAACUGUAUUACUAUUAGUGUUAUUAUUCAGCAUUUUUUCUCCGCCAGUUUUUUUUAUUCUCUCUACAAUAUUUUGGAGCAGAAAUCUCACGGUUGUGACUAUUGUUUCAGUUACUAUUCAUUAUUACUGUUAUUUUUAAACUGAAAAAGGGACAAUAUUACAAUCCCUUCUGUUGUUAUUACAAAAUAACUACUUAAUUAUACCUGUGUUCAUUUUGAGUACAGUUUUAGUUGCUACAUUAAUACUAAUUGUGUUAGUUGUGGUUGACCACAUUUGUAGAUAGACAG